UCUCUCUCUCUCUCUUUCUCUCUCCUCCGCCGCCUUCCACCGCCGUAGCGCCGCCUCGAGAAGAAAGGGGAAAAACUAUGAGAUGGUGGGUCUGAGUGUAAUACUGGAGAAUUACAGGGAUCUCUCGGAAAAGAGGAGCCCACAAGUCAUCAGCAAAGGAAUCAGCAUGAUAAAGCCACCCUCAAAUCCUUCAUCUCCCACAUCGCCAAAUGGGUUUUUUAGGAGGAAACAGAAUGUGUCUGAUUUCUCUUCUGCUUAUGGCUUUCUUGAGUCUUGUUUUCUCUGCAGGAAAAAGCUCUUGCCAGGAAAAGAUAUCUACAUGUACAAAGGGGAUACGGCAUUCUGCAGCGUGGAGUGCAGGUACAGGCAGAUCUUCAUGGAUGAAGAGGAGGCCAAUGCAAAGGGUAGUUGUACCUUAGAGUACAACUGCUCAACGCCGUCUUCUUCUUCUUCUUCGUCUUCUCGCGCUGCAGGCAAAGGGUCGAGAAAUCGUGCACACGCUUUUGCCUAGUGAGGAGUAGUGGGUUUUUGCCUUUUCGGUUGGGGGAUUCACAUAGUUAAAUUUCCGUUUCUGCCCUUUUGCUGGAUUUUGCUGUGAUGAUUCCCUACUCUCUUUAUUUUUUACUUUUUUCAUCUUUUAUCGUAUGGGGUGCUCCCUAGAACGAGGCCAGGGGUUUUUUUGUCAUUUCAUAUAAUCGGCCCAUUGGUUUUGGUUUCUGCAUUUUGCGUUUUGGGUGUUCAAACCGCUGGCUGAGGCCUGAGGCCGUAUGGGGAAUCUUUAAAAUUAUGAAUUUGUUUUGGUUUUGGUUGAUUAUUUUGUGUGUUGUUUCGGUUGAAGGGUGUUUUUGGAAGUUUGGUUCUGUGCGCAUUGAGAGUGUGAAAUAAUUGGAUUUUGUUAAAUUAAUUAUUGAAAUCUAGGAUCGUUGGACAUAUAUUUAUAAUUUAUUUAACACCAUUAUAGUUAAAGGAAAGUCUAAUGUGGUCAUUUUGG